AUGCAGAUCUUUGUGAAGACCCUGACAGGGAAGACCAUCACCUUAGAGGUUGAGCCCAGUGACACCAUUGAGAAUGUCAAGGCCAAGAUCCAGGACAAGGAGGGCAUUCCCCCUGAUCAGCAGAGGCUGAUCUUUGCUGGCAAGCAGCUGGAAGAUGGGCGCACCCUGUCUGACUACAAUAUCCAGAAGGAGUCUACUCUACACUUGGUGCUGCGUCUGAGAGGUGGAAUGCAGAUCUUUGUGAAGACCCUGACAGGGAAGACCAUCACCCUGGAGGUUGAGCCCAGUGACACUAUUGAGAACGUCAAGGCCAAGAUCCAGGACAAGGAAGGCAUUCCCCCUGAUCAGCAGAGGCUGAUCUUUGCUGGCAAGCAGCUGGAAGAUGGGCGCACCCUGUCUGACUACAACAUCCAGAAGGAAUCCACCCUGCACUUGGUCCUGCGUCUGAGAGGUGGAAUGCAGAUCUUUGUGAAGACCCUGACAGGGAAGACCAUCACCCUGGAGGUUGAGCCCAGUGACACCAUUGAGAACGUCAAGGCCAAGAUCCAGGACAAGGAAGGCAUUCCUCCGGAUCAGCAGAGGCUGAUCUUUGCUGGCAAGCAGCUGGAAGAUGGGCGCACCCUGUCUGACUACAACAUCCAGAAGGAAUCCACCCUGCACUUGGUCCUGCGUCUGAGAGGUGGUAACUGAACUGGCCCGGUUGUUGCUUGCCUCCAAGUAAAAGUUUCUCUUCGCUUGUUCAUUCCAAUAAAGCUGUUGCAUCCACAAAA